GCGUUCCGAUUAAACGAAAGUGAAAACUCAGGAGUCAAAAUCUCCUAACGCUUCAGACUUGAACUUGAAUAUCUGGAGGGUCUUACGAGGGUUACGACGCUUUGCCUGAAUAUAGGAGUAUAACAUAGAUGAACUAACAUGGGUGUAUUUCUAAAACUAUUUAUUUGCAUGUAUUUGUUCGGAGUGAUCUGUUCUGAGGAGCAGGUCCCGUGGCUCGCUUGUACAUUCAUCGAUGAACGCGUGUUCCUUAACAAUGAGGGUCACCGCGAGACGGAGCUCCACCCCAGAGACGCUCUUCUGCAGUUCGGUCCAGCUGGCGGUCCACCUGUCAACCCCCACACAAUCACCUUCUUGAUUACUGCCUCCAGGGUGGACCUGCGCUCCUACAUAGUGGGGGGCAGUCCAGAACCCCUCGAGUGUGAGAUCCGCAGGUACAGCAUGAGGGGGAUCCAGGGGCUCUGGCCCAGCAAGGGGGCCAUGCCUUAUGACCUCUGGUUCACCUGCACCGUCAAACAUCCAGAGGACUCCUUCACCUUCACCGGCUACCUCAGACACACACCAAGCCAGCCCCCCUCAUCAAUGGAGGAUUAUGACAGCUUUCCUCCUAUUGGGGACAGAGAGUUGAUCACAGCCUCAGCCUCCAUGGUGCUGCACACACGCUCCGUAGUGUUGAAGGUGGCGCUGCGGUCCCAGCAGAAGCUCCAAUGUCGGUUCUCCGUGGACCACAAGGGGCCCAAGUUCAAAGUGGGGUGGCGCGCGCAGAUCAAAGGAGAUUGGGUGGAGCUGUACAGCCACGACAGCCACUCAGGAGUGACCCGGGGGUCGGGGGUCAAUCAAAAGGGGCUGUUGUCUACAGGGGACGCCACCCUCUCCAUCCCCUUCGUCAAGAUCUCCAGCGAGGGGAAGUACGUCUGCUCCGUGUCCGUGGGGCAGCUAGACGCCAGCCUCGACCUGGCACUGCAUGUCUACGAACCCCCCAGCGUGUCUCUAAACGUGGGCCCUGAGCUGGCCCUGCAAGCCGGCGCGGAGCAGAAGGUGGUGUGUGAGGCGGAGGGCUACUACCCUCUAGACGUGGAGAUGGAAUGGUACCAGGAGCCCCCCGGGGAGCCGAAAGACUACAGGGCCGGGGCUCCACUGCCCACCAAGCUCAACAACGUCCUGCUCUCCAGCCAUAGGCACAACCGCGAGGGCACCUUCGCUCUCUCAGCCUUCUUCUACUACCGGGCGGCGCUCCUGGACACAGGGCGGCGCUUCACCUGCAGGGUGAUGCACCGCUCCCUCAGGACCCCUGUCCGCAUAGGCUUCACCCUGCUGGUCCACGAGCCAACCAGUUGGAGGUUCUACCUGGCAGUGGUCUCAACGUUGGUCAUAUUUCUGAUCAUAUUCAGAAUGCUACACUACUUGUACACAGCCCGUCAAGAGUCGAGGAAGAGCAAACCCUAUUAACUGUUUCUACAUAGGUCCCCUGCGUGUGGAUCCCUGGCUGAGAGGGGUCCUCUUGGGCUGGGGGGUAGGGAUUGGGAUGGGGUCAGGGGUGGUAGAUAAGAGAACACUCUCUCGGGUACAAUUCAACUUUAUUUGGAUCAGGGGUUUGGAUCAGGGGUUUGAUGAUUGUUUGUUCUCCAUGAACACAUUAGCUUACUUUGUGUAUGUGUGUUAUUUGGGGGGUUGGUAGAUGUCAGAGAGAGACAAUGGUGUGACUGUAGGAAGUUUUCUCAAUAAAAAGUUGACAAAAAGGUGUAUUUUACCUGAUAGGGAGAUGUUAUGUUCAUUCUCAAAAUGAUAAUGAAUUUGUUAUAUUUAUUAUUUUUGGAUUGUCAUUAUGACUAUAAUUUGUACAAUUUAUGUUUGAAAAUGUGUUUCAAUCACAUGCUUGAUAAACCAAAAGCAAUCCUCUAAUGAUGGAUCUAUUCGGCAACAAAGAUUAAGUCUAACACUAAAAUGGAGGGUGGACCAAAUUUAUUAUUUCUAAAUGAAAUAAUAAAUAUAAAUUAAUGGUGGCCAAUAGCUAAGACGAUAACAGUCUUACCUCUUAAACUGUUGUUAAUUUAAAUAAACAAAAUAAACAUUAAUUAAAAAAUGUCAACACACAUUUUGGAUAUUAUCGGCUCUAAGUUAUCCCUUCCAUCCUCUUUUGCUGCAAAAUCGUCCUGGUUUAAAUAUAAUAGCCAACAGACUGUCCUACGCAACAUAGUUUCUUUAAAGGUCCAAUAUCAUCCUAUAUUAUUAGAUAUUACUAUUUUUUAGGGUUAGAGACACAAGAGAUACGCAGAGACACAAGGGAGAGGGAAAACACAAGAGACACCAGGCCAGGGCCCCGUUUCCCGAAAGCAUCGUUAGCCUAAGUGGAUCGUAAUGUGCGUCGUACGAGCAUCGUACAGUUUUCACACCGUUUCCCGAAAGCAUAGUUGGUAACGAACCUCGUGAAUACGCUCGUAGCUAACGAGGACUCCAGGGGUAGUCGUAGGAUGCUAAGAGCAUCGUUAGCCUACUAUAGCCUCAGUGGCGGCACCAGCGGACAUUCCGUGUAUUGGAUGUGUUUUAUUCAAACACAUCCAAUACCACGGAAUGCCCAGCUGGCGCAA